AGAAAAAUCUUCAAUUUAAUCCUCUAUAAAAAUUAAAUGACGACUCAAGCAAGUUCAUCAAGAACGAAGAAAUUUCUUCUAGUUAUAAAUUGUAUAAUUCUAGCUAUAGGAAAUUGUGGUGGCCCUUUAAUCACCCGCCUUUAUUUCAUUAAAGGAGGUAAAAGAAUUUGGCUAUCAAGUUGGCUACAAACGGUUGCUUGGCCAAUUAUUCUCAUCCCUUUAGCCUUUUCCUAUUUCAAUCGUCGUCGUGAAUUCCAAGGUAAAAUAUUUGAAAAUAACGACAAUAACAAUAACAAUAGUAAAACGAAAGUCAUUUUAAUGACUCCUUGGAUUUUUGUAUCGAGCAUCGGGAUCGGAGUCCUAAUCGGUUUCGAUAAUUACCUCUAUGCUUACGGCGUAGCUAAAUUACCUGUCUCCACAUCAGCCCUUCUCAUCGCUUCUCAACUUGCUUUCACCGCGGGCUUUGCUUUCCUUCUUGUAAAGCAAAAGUUCACGUCCUACUCCAUCAACUCAAUUUUCGUACUGACACUUGGCGCGGUGGUAUUGGCCCUCCACGCGAACGGUGACCGACCGAAUGGGGAGCCUAAGAAGGAGUAUGUUCUAGGGUUUAUCAUGACACUUGGAGCUGCAGCUUUGUAUGGACUUAUUUUGCCUUUGUUUGAGUUGUUGUACAAAAAGGCAAAGCAAGGUAUCACUUACACACUUGUUUUGGAGAUUCAGGCUGUGUAUUGCCUUAUUUCUACUGUGGUUUGCACAAUUGGGAUGAUAAUAAACAAGGACUUUCAGGCAAUGUCGAGGGAGGCAAAAUCAUUUGAACUUGGAGAAGGAAGAUAUUAUAUUGUGAUAAUAUGGUCAGCUAUAAUUUGGCAAUGUUUCUUCUUAGGUGCUAUUGGAGUUGUUUAUUCUUCUUCAUCAUUGGUUUCUGGAAUUGUAAUUACUGUUUUACUUCCUAUUACUGAAAUUUUAGGUGUUGUUUUUUAUGGUGAAAAAUUCACAGCAGAAAAAGGUAUUUCUCUUGUACUUUCUAUAUGGGGAUUUAUUUCUUACCUAUAUGGUGAUAUUAAAGCCAGCAAGGUGAAGACAAAAAAUGAAUCUCAAGAACAAGAGAUGAUUGAUAAAAUUAUUUGUACUCCAUGAUUAAAAAUAUUAAUCAUUUAUAUAAUUAUUGCAAAGACAA